AUGCUCUCCUCCCUCCUCCUCCUCCUCCUCCACUCGCUCCUCCUCCUCCCAGUCCACGCAGUCUUCGUCAAUUUCGAGAACUGCCUGCCCGACAGCACGAGAAAUUCCCGACCGCAGCAGCUACAAUUCACACCACUCUUCGUCGAUGCCACAUUCGUCAACGAGCGCUCGACGCACUUCCUCAACCUCACCAUAUACGGCAAUGUCUCUGGCCAGCAGUUCACCGGCAACUAUCCGCCUCCCUCCGACGAGCAAUGGAACAAUAGCGAUGUGUCUUUCGGCAAGAUUGUGAAUGUGGGAACGGGAAACAGGCUUGCCACAUUGACUGCGGACUACAUGGUCUUGACAUACACAGAGGCCAACAACCCGGGCGAGCGAUUCUGCGACGCAUUGGUUCGGGGAGAUUGUCCUCUCGGACCAGCAUUCUACGCCAAUGCCAGCGUCCCCUCCGAACUGCCCGCUUUCUUCCUCUCGCACGAUUUCGGCACCUCAUAUUCCUUCAGCACGAUCUCCGCCACCGCACACAUCAUAUCCGGAGAUGAGGGAGCACCCAACGUCGCAUGUGUCAGCGCGCAAAUCACACCCGAUCUCGGCAGCAGCAUCAAAGCAUUGCUCAGAUGGCUGCCCGCGACGAUCCUCAUCCUCAAGGCGGUAGCGACAGUAGCAGCGGCGAUAUGGUCGCCAUGGGGAAGCUCGGACAUCUUCAGAUGGAGCAGCAACUUUGGAAGAGACGAGGAUUUGCUGAGGUUGGUCACACCAGGUUUUGGAGAUUGUCUACAAUACAUACAAUGGGUGGUCUUGACGGGGAGUUUGACUGUGCAAUACCCUGGCUUCUUCAGACCGGCGCUCAGUCAGGCGAGCUGGUCGCUGCUACUCUUCGACGAGAGCUAUGUCAGCGGCGACAGCUACAAUGCUCUGCAAGAUGGACUGUACAGUGUCAAUGCGACAUACGGCCUCACUCGCAUGAGCCAGCUCAUUGGCAUGGGAUCUGACCAGGACAUCUGGGCGUGUAUGGCGAUAUGGCUGCUGGUCAUCGCGGGUGUAUUGGUCCUCCUCUGCCAAUUGGGAUUCCUCGCUCGCUGGCUGUACCAUCUCGCCACGAACACCACCGAGGAGGAUCUCCGCCAGAAGAAUCUUCCCUUCACCCUGGGUAUGGUGGUCCGCCUGCUAUUCAACUACUUCAUCCUGCCGAUCGUGGCACUCAGUCUCUACCAGCUGGUCAUCUCACCACGGUCACCGACAAGUGUUCUAGUUUGCGCGGUCAUACUCCUGGUCAUCACGAUCGUCUGGGCUGGCUGGAUCCUGCGAGUCAUCUUCACUACCAAGCCGAGGACGCUCCUCUUCGACGACAUGCCAACACUCCUCCACUACGGACCACUCUACAAUACCUACAGCGACAGUGCAGCGCCCUUCGCGCUCAUCCCAGUCUUCAUUACGUUCGUCCGCGGUGUCGCCAUUGGAGCAGUCCAACCUAGUGGCAUCGCUCAAAUCAUCGUCCUGGCCAUCUGCGAGGUCAUCCUCAUUCUCACCCUCAACGGCUUCAAGCCAUUCCAAGGCCAAACAAGCAUGAACCUAUACCAUACCUUCUUCGCCAGCGUCCGCCUCGGCACUCUCCUCAUGAUGAUCGCGUUUGUGCCAACUCUCGGCGUGACCGAAGCUCCCAAAGGCUGGAUCGGAUAUGUCAUUCUCAUUCUCCACGCCUGCGUCCUCGUUUUUGGAUUCUUCCUCAACUCUGCGCAGACCAUCAUCGAAGUCAUAGCACGAUCGCUCGGUGCCGGUGGUGGAGCGUCAGCCGUUCGGGGUAGCAUCCUGAGUUGGCGAAUGUUGAAGAAGCGUCAGACCCGCCCGGACAAAGGCGACAGAGGUAGUAUGAUGAGCAAUGCGGCCAUAUUGCGGGUCUCGACCAACGAUGCGAUGGGAAGUCAAGCGUACGGCACUCGCAGUAGAAGUGUGUCCGCCAGUAGCGCGCAGCUUCUCAACCGCAAUCGCCUGAGUGGGUUUGAGAACUUCUCCAGUGUGGGAGAUACCACGCCGUCUGUAGUUCCGCACUCGGAGCUCUCAGGCGGGAUUGGCCAAGGCGCAAGACCUUCCAUUGCUACAAAGGCAGACGGCGACAAUUUCUACCGGCCACCGCGAGCGCGCAAAGCCACCAUCACUGAGCCAUCGACACCUGGAAUCAGGUCUCGACGCAAUACUGGUGGUGCAGAGUUUCCCUAUCAAGACUCGCCUGGCAAAGCAAGAGUUGCCAGCUAUGACAGCGAUCAAGUCUCUCCUCCCCCUGUCUUCCUGCGCGAUCGUCAGGAAUCUGUUGACGAGACCGGCAAUCGCACCGAUUACGCUGUGCGCGAAGUCGACCAGUACUACCGUGGCCCGGCGCUUAACGAGCAAGCCACCCGAAAACUCAAGACCGGCCCAGCGGAUCCUACAGGUCCCGCAUCAGCAGCGCAGAGCUGGCUGCAGAAGAUUGCGUUUGGAUUUUCAGGCAAGAAGAAGGAUCAGACGAAGGGGUUUGAGGUGGUGAGAUCUGCGAGAAUGCCGCCG